GAUGUGGCCUUGAAAAAUGGCAAAAUAUUGCUCGCCUUAGCAAGUUAUCGCGAUGUCUGGCUGGUUGCCAUCAGAAACAAUCAAACCCGUUAACACCGACUUUCAAAAACGCUAUAAAUUAGCAGAAUUUAUUUUUCGACAUGUUGACUACGAUGAAUGCGUUGCGCAAGCAGACGAGAGGAAGUAUGGUCGAAUCCGUAAACUUGGAGAUCUUGACAAAAGUGCCAUCAUUGAUGAAAUAUGCAGAAAGAAUUUGUCGCAUCUAAACGUACCUACCAAACUAAUUUCAGCUCGUUGGGGUGAUUCGAGUGACUACAUUUUUAGCUCGAAGGGGCUGGAAAAACUGGUUGAAAGCUAUUACAAAACCAGAUCUGUGCGUCCUGCAGGCUCCUUUGGAUAUGUAAUUUCAGGGAAUAAACUCACAACUGAAAAAACACAACAUGCGCUUAGAAAAUACGGUUGUAUAUCAAAGCAUAGCCAACCGUUUUUUAAACUAGUCAAUGAUCCGAAUUAUUAUCAACGUGCAAAACAAACGGAGGAAAUUGAACGUAUACUUGAAUUUAUGUGGCUUCCCAAAAGACCUAUUGAAAGUGUUGGACAGUACGCCAUUGCCAAACACGCGUCCAUCCACUACAUCCUGUCGACACACGCCAUUCUGCCAUCGUCGGAGUGCUUCACACCGGAUGAUAUUCAACGAAUCAUGCAUUUGCCAAUGGAAUGGAUUGGAGCCUUACCAAGACAUGAAGAUACUCGGUGCAUCACAAAAUUUAUCGCCCGGUUUGCUGAACUAUUUUCCCGAAAGCCAGCUUUAAAACAUACAGAAAUGGAAGAUCCCUUGGAUAGACAUGCUCGCAGAUGCGGUCAACGUGUCUUCAUGGAUAUCAUACGCUACGCUUCGAGUGGCAUACGACCUGCCAAACCAGACAGGUCGACCGUCGGAAGUGGUGUGCGCCAAGAUAGUGAAGAACGCUCAGAGGAAUCUAGCGAACUUGAUGUGAUUCCUCCUUUGGAUUGGGAAGACCAGCUAACUAGGAGCAACGUAAAGAUAAUCGAUAUGCCUCCCUCACCAGAAAAGCCUCCCAAAGUUACGCCUUUGGGACGCCCUGUGCUGAAUCCUCCGAAGAAGCAGGAGCAUAACUUGUCUGAGGCGCUGGAUGAAAACACUAUGAUGAGAAGGGCAAACGAAGUACUGCGUUCCUUGGAGUCGACACAUCCGAAAAAAAUUCAAAAUAUGAAUCAUUACAAACGCACUCGUAGAUUACAAAGAACCGGAUUCAACAUCGGUAGUUUGUCCCCCUGGGAUCCCGUGGUGGCAAAGCUGGACUUACCCAUCGCAGAACAAGUGGCCUUGGAGGAAAAACAAUUCAAAGCAUUAGUCGGUAACUUGCCCCACAGAAUAUUUGGCAUUGAUGAACUGAUGAUAAUUAGUAAAAAAGUACUAGCUGGAAGUGAUGUAAGAAAUGCCUCUGCACAAUGGAUAAAAGAUCCAACAGAGGAACACAGGCAGACGAAAUGGACCGUCACAUGGGAUCCCAACCGCCGGAUAUAUGUGGAGAACGCAACUAGGUUUGGUCGUCUACCACCCAUUUCCUACUUCUAUGAUUCGGCGAUGAAUGCAACAGCAAAGAAGCAUCGCGCAUCAUACUAUCCGACAUGGAACUAUUCCAACCUAUCGAAUUACAGUCUGUAUGCUCGUCGUGGAAUUUCGCUGAAGCAAACCACAAGAUCGCAGCAACAACUCGCAAAUUCCGCUUCAACUUCAAGGAGUCGACGAAGCAAGUCAACUUACAGAACGCGCACUAGCCAACCAACAAGUCAAGUAUAUCGCUCAAGCAAACAUGGAACUGCGUGAUUAACCAGGAUUGUUUUUGGAGCCGGGAAAGAGAUUGUUCAAAACCUUUGCCUUUGCGUCACACUCCCUCUACGUAUUGGGGGCAAAGUUCAGCAUGCUGUUCUGCUUUACAAUACGACGCUACGAAUGCAAUUUGUGAAGUACUGAUCCAAGAGAAUGAAAAAAUAACCGCAAUCUUC